AUGAGUCAGUUCCUGGGACGGCAGGACUGUAUCGAGAGUCUCCGGGGAGACCUGGUGGAUCUGCAGGGCGCCAUCCUGGACGUGUUCUCCAGAACCGGCCCGAUCCACGUCCCGUCCUGGAAGUUCCCCGACAAACUCUCCUGUAACCUGGACAUGGUGGCGCUGCUGGGCCAGUAUGACUUUGUGGAGGGGGAGAGUGAAUUCAACCAGCACUCCCAUAUUGUUUUACUGGAGCUUGUGAUUGACAGGUAA